AGUGUUUUUUUCCGGCUUUCUUGCUUUAUGUAUAACAAAUAUGGGGAAGAAGAGGAUCGUGUUCUUUGCUUAUUUGCUCUUAUCUACCAUCUUUAUAAGUUUUAGCUCUGCAGGGAUAACGGAAGGGAGUCCUUUGUCAAUAGGACAAACUCUCAGCUCUUCUAAUGGUGUUUAUGAACUGGGAUUCUUCAGUCCUAAUAACUCCCAAAAUCAGUAUGUCGGAAUCUGGUUCAAGGGUAUCAUUCCCCGGGUGGUUGUGUGGGUCGCCAAUAGAGAAAAUCCUGUUAGAGACUCCACGGCAAAUCUCGCUAUCAGCAGCAAUGGAAGUCUUCAGUUAUUUAACGGCAAACAUGGCGUUGCGUGGUCCAGUGGAGAAGCUCUUGCUUCUAACGGGUCUCGUGCAGAGCUUUCAGACACCGGAAAUCUUAUUGUCAUAGACAAUUUUUCAGGAAGAACUCUAUGGCAAAGCUUUGACCAUCUUGGUGAUACUAUGCUCCCUUUCUCAACUCUGAAGUAUAACCUCGCCACUGGCGAGAAGCAGGUGUUGAGAUCUUGGAAAAGUUACACUGAUCCAUCGCUUGGCGACUUUGUGCUUCAGAUUACACCGCAAGUGCCAACACAGGUGCUUGUUAUGAGAGGAUCAACGCCUUACUAUAGAAGCGGUCCAUGGGCGAAAACAAGGUUCACGGGGAUACCGCUAAUGGAUGACACAUUUACAGGUCCAAUCAGCCUUCAGCAGGAUACAAAUGGGUCAGGAUCUCUCACUUAUUUAAACGGAAACUUCAAACGUCAACGUACAAUGCUAACAUCAAAGGGCUCACUACAGGAGCUUUCUUGGCAUAAUGGGACAGACUGGGUAUUGAACUUUGUGGCUCCAGCACACUCAUGUGAUCACUACGGUGUAUGUGGACCUUUUGGGUUAUGUGUGAAGUCCGUUCCUCCAAAAUGUAAGUGUUUCAAAGGGUUUGUUGCUAAAGUCAUUGAAGAGUGGAAAAGAGGAAACUGGACUGGUGGUUGUGUGAGGCGUACCGAACUAUAUUGUCAAGAAAACUCUACUGGCAAAGAUGUAAACGUCUUCCAUCCUGUUGCCAGGAUAAAGCCUCCAGACUUUUACGAAUUUGCAAGUUUUGUGAAUGUUGAAGAAUGCCAGAAAAGUUGUCUCCACAAUUGUUCUUGCUUGGCCUUUGCUUAUAUCAAUGGAAUAGGGUGCUUAAUGUGGAACCAAGACCUAAUGGACGCAGUGCAAUUUUCUGCAGGGGGAGAACUUCUCUCCAUUCGUCUGGCACGUUCUGAACUAGGUGGGAAUAAGCGCAAGAAGACCAUUACUGCUAGUAUUGUGAGCCUUUCUCUUUUUGUGAUAAUUGCGUCUGCUGCGUUUGGUUUCUGGAGAUAUAGAGUGAAACAUAACGUUUCAGCUAAUAUAACAAAGGAUGCUUCACAAGUUGCAUGUAGGAAUGAUCUGAAACCACAAGAUGUCUCAGAUUCAAGAAAAAGACUUGAGAUUGACUGGCCAAAGAGAUUUGAUAUCAUUCAAGGUAUUGCGCGUGGAAUUCACUAUCUCCAUCGUGACUCACAUCUCAAGGUUAUUCAUCGAGAUCUGAAGGUCAGCAAUAUUCUUCUGGAUGAGAAAAUGAAUCCAAAGAUAUCAGAUUUUGGAUUGGCUCGGAUGUAUCAGGGAACCGAAUAUCAGGACAAUACUCGCAGGGUUGUAGGAACUCUGUAAGACUCGAUUUUCAAAAACAUGAUUAACAAGAUUCAUAUUCAUAAACUCAUAAUCGUUUA